AUGUUAGAAUUACCUGAUGAUUUUUUAAUGAGGUUAUAUAAUUUAAGAAAAAAAUAUCGUAACGUUGGACUGUCAGUGAAAAAUAAAGAAAUAAAAAUAAAACAGCUAGAGAGCAGAUUUAUGAAAGAUAUAACAAGCCAUCAUAUUAUCCUUGAGUCUAUUAUAGAGAAAUGGAUUUUCAGAAAGAUAACAUCUUCAAUUGAUCAAGUAAUUUCAGAUUUUGAUGGAGUAAUAUAUCAUAUUUCAACACCAGAAACGAAAACAAAGAUGCUUAUAUCUAUGCGGAUCCGCUGUUAUGCUAGUUUAGUUAAAUAUAAUGCUCUAACAGUUCUCGAAAGAUAUUAUGGAAAAAUGAUUGUUUCACCAGAAAAUAAAUAUGACUUUUCUCUUUGCAUUGAUCUUGAGACUCUUUCUGAUGAUGAGAAAGAAAAAAAUGAUCUUAUUCGUUCAAUUGGUUUACUUAAAAGGAAUAUGCUUGCAGCACCUUUUGAGAUGGCAUUUAUGCAGCAAGAGCUUUUGGCAAAAGAACAAGAAAGUGCCAAAGAAACUAUAAAUAAAGUAGGAGAAGUCAUGGAGAUACCUUAUAGAGAAGAAGAAGCUAUUUUUAUUAUUCCAUCCUUUGACAGAGUAACGGUUAUUUUUAGUACGAUUUUCAGAGAAGAAACAGAUAGAAUUAUUGGUAAAGUGUUUUUGCAAGAAUUUGUGGAUGCACGCAGAAGACCUGCUAUUCAGAAUGCACCUCAAGUUUUAUAUUCUUAUCGCGAUCCACCUUUAGAAAUUCAAGCACUAAAAAAUUCAAAUAGAUGCGAAAAUAUAGGCUAUGUGACUUUUGUUUUAUUUCCUCAACAUUAUACACCUGAAAAAAGAGAAAAUUGUAUUACAAAAAUUCAGUUAUUUCGAAAUACACUACACUAUCAUAUCAAAGCAUCCAAAGCACAUAUGCAUGGGCGUAUGCGAGCAAGGGUGACAGCGUUUUUGAAGGUUUUAAAUAGAGCUAAAUUAGAAAACCCAGAAAAAGAGAAAAAAACGGCAUCAGGAAGGAGCUUUGUCAUAUCUAAAUGA